UAUACAUACAAGAUAGGCAGUAGCAAGACAGCAGAUAGUCGCAGUAGGAACACAAGCCAGCACAGGAAACAUAAAGGACAUACAAACACGGUAUAUCACCCGGAGGCAAAAUAUUUUGACAUCGUAAAUACCACGCUUCUGCGCGAAAAUUCAAUUAGUUCUAUAGUACUUGAAAGAGGAAAAAAAGAGCCACGUACAAAUGAAAACACUUGUAAUAAUACGAAUUAUAAAUAAACUUGCCAUUCAGAUCUGCUGCAACAAACACGAUAAUUAACCAUACAGUCCCAAUUAUUUUUUGUGGAUCAGCAAAGUUCGACUUUUAGCAUUCCGUGAGAAGACGGCAGCAGUGGAAAUUGCGUUGAAAUUAUUCCAAAUAUCAAUCCCAGACUACUAGUUUCAGACAAUUCAGUCGGAAAUGACUUCCAAUCGCGAUCAGUUCACUUAUCAUUUUGUGCAAUCCAGUUUUCGUGGCAGAUCUUCAAGAGGUCCCCAUUGUCUCGGCCAUCGCCAAUCAGAUACGCUUCUAGUGGUGCAGCAGCGCGCCAGCAGCAAUGUUUCAGAAAUGUAAAAAUAAAACCAUGCGCCCUGAGGAUGCCCUGGCACUAGUUAGAAAGAACUUUUUGUGUGGGACGCCUAUUAAUCAGAUAGAUUGGCACGGCCUUUUGGACGACAUUAGCUGGGAAGAUCAGGAAGAAUUAUUAAACCAAACGGUGAAUAAUAGCCUCGUAGUGCAGUAUCCUUUGAAAACAGGAUACCAGAUAGCUUUUUUGAAGCAUAUUAUACAUCAUCUGAAUAAGAUGAACAUAGAACAGCACGACCAGCUCUACGAAAGGUACUGCGGAUUACUAAGUCAAUCAGGGAUGGAGGACCAAGCUGGAUUCAGUUUCAAACAUUACGAGUUACCUGGAAAUGAUGUGAUCACAUUGAAGGAAUCAUCUGCAUUCAUAUCGGAGGGCACAACGGGUUUAUGUAGCUGGCAAGCCUCGAAGGCUUUGUGCGAGUUUAUUACACAUAAUCUAGAAGAUUUUCACGGUAAAAACAUACUGGAACUCGGCUCAGGUGUAGGAUUAACCGGGAUAUUCAUGGCGAAACACUGUGAACCUUCAAUGAUAGUCCUGUCCGAUUACCACAGCUCGGUCGUCGGGACGCUGAAGCAGAACGUCGAACUGAACUUUCCCAAGGGCGCAAAGGUCGAAACUGACAACCCUUUGGUAAAGUGUUUGGUCGAUAAUGGAGACUCGAUAGUCGCUGUUAUGGACCUCGAUUGGAGUUAUAUCAACGCGUCCAACAUUAACCAACUCAUCGAACCGGACGUCCUCGUCGGAGCGGAUAUUGUCUAUGACCAUGCCCUGUUUCAGCCAUUGCUCAUCGCCAUCAACUACGUAUUCGCACUCACAAACAAUAAGUGCAAAUUCGUUCUAUCAUGCACCGAACGUAACCAAGAUACCUUAAACGACUUUUUGGAAAUGCUAGUGACUGCCAAGUUCCGGAUAAACGAGGAGAUGGUCUGCGCGCCGAAACAUUUCCAAUGGGACGCCACCGCUUCGAAGAUUAGAAUAUUCUCCAUCACUCGGGAUUGGAGCUUUCAGUGAACCGACCCACUAAGCAAACGUGUACAACUUUCAAACCAUGUUCAACUUUCCUCACAUCUACCUACUAUACUAUGAGUAAUAUUUAUCAAGUUCCUUCCACGAAAAAAAAAUGUCCAAGCAUCUUUUCUACAUUACAUAGAGUUUUGAACUUUUAUAGCUUUUGGCCUUAGGCCGCCUAGCAAUCGUUGUAUCGCUUCCGAUAGCUAAUAGAUGUAGUUUACACAUUUUCACGUUUGUGUCUAGAGAGGAAUGGUACAAAUUAUUUAACACUUAUUCUACGAAUAAAACACAAGCAAACAAA